AAAACGGGUUGAUAAUUUUUACCCAACCCAACCUAUUUAAUUAAAUGGAUUAUAUGGGUUGACCCAUUUAAGUUAAAUGGGUUUAAAAUCUUAAGCAGACCCGCUAAUUUUGGGUUGAGUUCGGGUUGGGUUGGCGGGUUGAAUCGAUUUUUGUCAGGUUAUAUAUAUUUCAAUAUUUUAACGUUAAGAAAAAGUUGUAUAUAUUUCGUGUUUUAAAUGUAAAUUUUAAACUAAUCAAAUAAAAAUAUAUCACAUCUAAAAAAAAAAAAAACAAAUUGCGUGGCUGCACCCGGUUAACUCCAUUUCCGACAAGAAAUUAAGUACAUGCAAGCAACUCUGAAGAUCAUGAAGUCAUCCCCACGCAUUAAAUUAACUCUCUAUAAAUAUGAUUCCCACGCAUUAAAUUAACUCUCUAUAAAUAUCAGUUUAAUCGACAAUAUUCCUUAAAACGAACACGUGUUUUCCGUUUUAAGAAAAAACAAAAAGAGAAUACAAAGAGCCAUAUAAGUAAAAGAGUGAAAAAUGUCAUUGGUGCCUGUGAAGGGGGUAACAAGCGGCAGCGGUGGUGGAAGCAGCAGAUGGUCUCCAACGCCGGAGCAGCUGAAGUUUUUAGAAAGAAUGUAUAGAGGCGGCCUGAAAACUCCAUCGGCAACUCAGAUACAGCAAAUCACAACAAGACUAUCCACUUACGGAAACAUACAAUGCAAAAAUGUCUUCUAUUGGUUUCAAAAUCACAAAGCUCGUGAUCGACAAAAGCUUCGAAAGAAACUCAUAGAAAUCUACCAGCCACAUCACUUCUACCCUCGUCAAGAUCAACCCUUUCUUCCUCUUUAUCAGGUUGGUGGAGUUGAAGAUGCAUCAAUCUGUAGAACGAUUGUAAACAAUGCGAAGGAGGAUUUCCAAUCUGAUCAAACCUGCAACCUCAUGUGUAAUUACCCACUUAUGACUAUGAUGAUGAUGAUGAAUCAUGGUACAACUCCAUAUUGCACAAGAGUACCGCCCAAAACCUUACAGCUCUUUCCGGUCACCAACACCACCGCCGAUCUCAGAGGAGACGAUCGGUCCAGCACCACCAAUCCCUAGUCCAAUGUUGACUUCUGUUAUCUUUGUUGCAAGUUAAAGACAAGAACUCACAAGCUAAAACCGAUCCUGUUGCUGGUUUUGAUAUAGAAGUGAAAGAUGAAAAGCAGUUAGGGUAGCCUAUGGUUAGAUUCAGAGCUAUGGUAUAAAAAUAAGUGGUGGGUUUAUGUUAUAUUGUUAUAUCACUACACUUUUGCAUGGCAGGGCAGUACUGAUAAUAUAUUAUAUAUAAAGAAAGAUGAAAGAUCUGAAUUGCCUAAUAUGCUUGUAUUUGGUAUGUUUUUUUAGAUGAAAAUUGAAGUGUCGAUUUCACAAUCUUGGAGUAUGGACUGGGAUUGU